AUGCGGGGGGCGGAGGAGCCGGAGCUCGGCGAGGACGCGUCAGAAGAAGAUGAUGGGGUGCUGGAAGCCUUGGAGGACUUCUAUCCCGAGGAGCCGGUGAACCCCCCGAAGAAGAAGAAACCCAAGAAGCUGAAGGAGAACAAGGCUUCCAAAAUCAAGCGAAAGAAGAAGGAGGGGUGCCUCGAUGACGAAAUCUCAGAAAAUGAGGAGGAGCUGCUGGGAGAAAAGUCGGACAGUGAAGGCAGUGAUUAUUCCCCCAACAAAAAGAAGAAGAAGAAGCUGAAAGAAAAGAAGGAGAAAAAAGCCAAACGGAAAAAGAAAGAGGACGAAGAGGACGAGAAUGAAGAUGGAGGUUUAAAGGAGCCCAAGACCUCGGCUCAGCUCAUGGAAGAGUGGGGCUUAGAUGAUGUAGACUACGCUUUUUCUGAAGAAGACUAUCACAUGCUGACGAACUACAAGGCUUUUAGCCAGUUUCUUCGACCUCUGGUUGCCAAGCGGAAUCCCAAAAUCCCGAUGUCCAAGAUGAUGACCGUUCUGGGAGCCAAGUGGCGGGAGUUCAGUGCCAAUAACCCCUUCAAAGGCAGUUCGGCAGCGGCAGCGGCAGCCGCCGUGGCUGCAGCUGUUGAGACGGUGGCCAUUGCUCCGGCGCCACUUUCUACCAGCAUGCCGCAACCACUGCUGCCCCAGCCUGCCAUCAGGAAAGCCAAAACCAAGGAGGGCAAAGGUCCUGGCGUGCGGAAGAAAAUUAAGAGCACCAAAGACAGCAAGAAAAAAGGAAAAGGGAAGAAAGUUGCUGGCCUGAAAUUCCGCUUUGGGGGGAUUGCCAAUAAAAGGAAAAAAGGCUCCUCAAGCGAAGAGGAGGAGCGAGAGGAGUCUGACCUGGACAGCGCCAGCAUCCACAGCUCCUCCAUGCGUUCGGAGUCCUCAGCCGGCCUGGGCAAGAAGGGCAAGCGGCAGAAGAAGAAAAAAAGACUUGAAGAAGGUGACGGUUAUGAGACGGACCACCAGGAUUACUGCGAAGUGUGCCAACAGGGUGGGGAAAUAAUUCUGUGCGACACGUGUCCUCGGGCCUACCACCUUGUCUGUUUGGACCCGGAGCUGGAGAAGGCCCCGGAGGGAAAGUGGAGCUGCCCGCACUGUGAGAAGGAAGGCAUCCAGUGGGAACCAAAGGACGAGGAAGACGAGGAAGAGGAGAUUGGCGAAGAGGAAGACGACCACAUGGAAUUCUGCCGCAUCUGUAAAGAUGGAGGAGAGCUCCUCUGUUGCGACACCUGCCCGUCCUCUUACCACCUGCACUGCCUGAACCCGCCGCUGCCAGAAAUCCCAAACGGUGAAUGGCUCUGCCCGCGUUGUACAUGCCCACCGUUAAAAGGCAAAGUCCAGCGAAUUCUUCACUGGAUCUGGAAGGAGCCCCCGGCCCCACUUUUGUCUGCCUUAGCCUCAGCGGAUCCCGACUUAGUGAUCCCUCCUCCAAAGCCUUUAGAAGGGAUCCCUGAACGAGAAUUCUUUGUGAAAUGGGCUGGUCUCUCCUACUGGCACUGCUCCUGGGUCAAAGAGCUGCAGCUGGAGCUCUACCACACUGUGAUGUACCGCAACUACCAAAGAAAGAACGACAUGGAUGAGCCGCCAGCUUUUGAUUACGGCUCUGGAGACGAGGAUGGAAAAAGCGAGAAGAGAAAGAACAAAGACCCUCAAUAUGCCAAGAUGGAGGAGAAGUAUUACCGCUACGGUAUCAAGCCUGAGUGGAUGAUGAUUCACCGUGUUCUUAACCACAGUUUUGACAAGAAGGGAGACGUCCACUACCUGAUCAAGUGGAAAGACCUCUCCUACGACCAGUGCACCUGGGAAGCCGCCGACAUCAAUAUCCCGGACUAUGAAAAUUUUGAGCAGCAAUAUUGGGAUCACAGGGAGAUGAUGUUGGGGGAAGAUACCAGCUGUCCACCUGAAAGGCUGAACAAAGAAAGGAAGAAGCUGGACAAACUGCAAAGGCCCCCAGAGACGCCCAUUGUGGAUCCUACGGUGAAAUUUGACAAGCAACCAUGGUAUAUUGAUACAACAGGUGGGACACUGCACCCUUACCAGCUGGAGGGCCUCAACUGGCUGCGGUUUUCCUGGGCACAAGGAACGGAUACGAUCCUUGCUGAUGAGAUGGGCCUUGGCAAGACGGUCCAGACCAUUGUGUUCCUCUACUCUCUCUACAAAGAGGGCCACUCCAAAGGUCCGUAUCUGGUCAGCGCUCCUCUCUCGACGAUCAUCAACUGGGAACGAGAGUUUGAGAUGUGGGCUCCUGAUUUCUAUGUGGUCACAUACACAGGGGAUAAGGAGAGUCGGUCUGUGAUCCGCGAAAAUGAGUUCUCUUUCGAGGACAAUGCCAUCCGGACUGGGAAGAAGGUGUUCCGGAUGAAAAAAGAAGCUCAAAUAAAAUUCCACGUCUUGCUCACAUCCUACGAGCUCAUCACAAUCGAUCAGGCCAUUCUGGGAUCUAUAGAGUGGGCAUGUCUGGUGGUUGAUGAAGCGCAUAGGUUGAAGAACAACCAGUCCAAAUUCUUUAGAGUGCUCAACAGCUACAAAAUUGACUACAAGCUGCUACUCACUGGGACGCCCCUGCAGAAUAACCUGGAAGAGCUCUUCCAUCUGCUCAACUUUCUCACGCCAGAGAGGUUCAACAACCUGGAAGGAUUCCUGGAAGAGUUUGCAGAUAUAUCCAAGGAAGACCAGAUUAAAAAACUGCACGACCUUUUGGGCCCUCACAUGUUACGGAGGCUGAAGGCUGAUGUGUUUAAGAACAUGCCUGCCAAGACAGAGUUGAUUGUGAGGGUGGAACUCAGUCAGAUGCAGAAAAAGUACUACAAGCUCAUCCUGACGAAGAACUUUGAGGCCCUGAACUCCAAAGGAGGUGGCAACCAGGUGUCGCUGCUCAACAUUAUGAUGGAUCUGAAGAAGUGCUGCAACCACCCGUAUCUUUUCCCCGUGGCAGCCGUGGAAGCCCCAGUAUUACCGAACGGGUCCUAUGAUGGCAACUCGCUGGUGAAGUCUUCGGGGAAGCUGAUGCUGCUGCAGAAAAUGCUGAAAAAGCUGAGAGAUGGAGGCCAUCGGGUGCUCAUUUUCUCUCAGAUGACAAAAAUGCUGGACUUGUUGGAGGAUUUCUUAGAAUUCGAAGGUUACAAGUACGAGCGGAUCGAUGGGGGGAUUACCGGAGGGCUGAGGCAGGAAGCCAUCGACAGAUUCAAUGCUCCUGGGGCUCAGCAGUUCUGUUUCCUGCUCUCUACCCGAGCCGGCGGUCUGGGCAUAAACCUUGCUACGGCCGACACAGUCAUAAUUUACGAUUCUGAUUGGAAUCCCCACAAUGACAUCCAGGCGUUCAGCAGAGCCCACCGGAUCGGGCAGAACAAGAAAGUAAUGAUCUACCGCUUUGUGACAAGGGCCUCUGUCGAGGAACGCAUCACCCAGGUGGCCAAGAGGAAGAUGAUGCUGACCCAUCUGGUGGUGCGUCCAGGCCUUGGCUCCAAGUCCGGCUCCAUGACGAAACAGGAGCUGGAUGACAUCUUGAAGUUUGGAACGGAGGAGCUGUUCAAGGAUGACGUAGAAGGCAUGAUAUCUCAGGGCCAGCGAAUCGGACUGCCUGAGGCCAUGACCCCUUUCACAGAGACUCCAGUCUCUAAAGGAGGGACGGUGACUCCCAGCAUGAAGAAGAAACAUGGCGGCACCCCACCUGGUGACAACAAAGAGGUGGAGGACAGCAGUGUGAUCCAUUACGAUGAUGCGGCCAUCUCGAAGCUGCUCGACCGCAACCAGGACGCCACUGAUGACACGGAGCUUCAGAACAUGAACGAGUAUCUCAGCUCUUUUAAAGUGGCCCAGUAUGUUGUGAGAGAAGAGGAUGGUGUGGAGGAGGUGGAGCGUGAAAUCAUCAAGCAGGAAGAGAACGUGGACCCUGAUUAUUGGGAGAAAUUGUUGAGGCACCAUUACGAGCAACAGCAGGAGGAUUUGGCCCGUAAUCUUGGGAAGGGCAAGAGAGUCCGCAAACAAGUCAACUACAAUGAUGCAUCGCAAGAGGACCAAGAGUGGCAAGAUGAACUCUCCGACAAUCAGUCGGAAUAUUCCAUUGGCUCCGAAGAUGAGGAUGAAGACUUUGAGGAGAGGCCGGAAGGUCAGAGUGGCCGGAGGCAGUCACGGAGACAGUUGAAGAACGACCGGGACAAGCCCCUCCCACCGUUAUUGGCAAGAGUCGGUGGGAACAUUGAGGUGCUGGGGUUCAAUGCCCGACAGCGGAAAGCUUUCUUGAACGCCAUCAUGCGCUGGGGGAUGCCCCCGCAAGACGCCUUCAACUCCCAUUGGCUCGUGCGAGACCUCCGUGGAAAAAGCGAGAAAGAGUUCAGGGCUUAUGUGUCCUUGUUCAUGAGGCAUCUGUGUGAACCAGGCGCGGACGGUGCUGAGACCUUUGCUGACGGCGUCCCCCGCGAGGGGCUGUCUCGCCAGCACGUGCUGACACGCAUCGGUGUGAUGUCACUAGUAAGGAAGAAGGUUCAAGAGUUCGAACCCGUCAAUGGGAAGUACAGCACUCCAGAUCUGAUCCCAGAAGGACCAGAUGUCAAGAAAGGCAGCGAGGUUCUUUCUUCGGACCCAAAUACUCCGGUCCCGGCCAGCCCAGCUCAUGGGCCACUGGGACCCAUGUCACAACCAGAAAAAGGGGAUGCACAUCUUGGGAUUUCUGAGGAGAAGGAACAAGUGGAAGAGAAGAUUAAAAAGCCCCGGGAUGUUCAGGUGUCAUCUGAUGGAGAGAAGAUUGAAAAUGACGAAAGAGAGGAGAGUGCCGAGAGCCAAGCAAAAUCAGGAGAGGAAAAGCCAGAAGAAGGAGAGAAGGCAGAACCUCAUUCUGAACAGCCUAGUAAAGAUGAGGCUUCCCAGGAGAACGAGAAGCCUGCAGAAAAGCCGGAAAUAAAUACUAGUCCCUGUAAAGGGAGCUCUAAAGACUCCAAGCCAGACGACACCAAGGCAGAAGAGAAGGGGCAAGCGGAGGCUCCACAGAAUGGAGAAAAGGAGGAUGAUGAGGAUGGAAAGAAGGAUGACAAGAGCGGGAUCCGGUUCAUGUUCAACAUCGCGGAUGGGGGCUUCACAGAGCUGCACACGCUGUGGCAGAAUGAGGAGAGAGCUGCUGUUUCCUCGGGGAAGAUUUAUGACAUCUGGCACCGGAGGCACGAUUACUGGCUCUUGGCAGGAAUCGUCACCCAUGGCUAUGCUCGCUGGCAAGAUAUCCAGAACGAUCCCCGUUACGUCAUCCUCAACGAGCCAUUCAAGUCGGAAAUCCACAAGGGCAACUACCUGGAGAUGAAGAACAAGUUCCUGGCUCGGCGAUUCAAGUUGCUGGAGCAGGCGUUGGUGAUCGAGGAACAGCUGCGCAGGGCCGCGUACCUCAACAUGAGCCAAGAGCCCAAUCAUCCGGCCAUGGCCCUGAAUGCCCGCCUGGCCGAAGUGGAGUGCCUUGCCGAGAGCCACCAGCAUCUCUCCAAAGAAUCUCUGGCUGGGAACAAGCCUGCCAAUGCUGUCCUUCAUAAAGUCCUAAACCAGCUGGAAGAGCUGCUGAGCGACAUGAAAGCAGAUGUGACUCGCUUGCCCUCCAUGUUGUCCCGGAUCCCGCCUGUCGCUGCUCGCCUGCAGAUGUCUGAACGGAGCAUCCUGAGCCGCCUGACGAACCGAGGAAGCGAUCCCACAGUCCAGCAGGCAUCUUUUGGCUCCUCCCAGAUCUACAGCAACAACUUUGGACCAAAUUUCCGAGGUCCAGGACCAGGUGGAAUUGUUAACUACAGCCAGAUGCCCCUGGGACCUUAUGUGACUGCGACACCCAAUGGGCCACCCCCGAGCUACCCUGAUAAAAAGAUACCCGAACCGCUGAAAGAAGGCACAGCCUUAGAAUGUAAAGGACGGCAUCAUGAUAUCAUCUGCAUCGAAGAUUAA